GCCUCUACUUCCGUGUACUGAUCUUUCUUUUGCAUCUGAAUUUUUAUAGAACUUCUGCUAUGGUCCGGUUUUGCCCCUAGACUAUACUAUAGUUCUCUCUGCAGCUAGAUACUCGCUUUCGCUAUCCUAACAGAAUUAUCCUUCGCAUCAUCCAGGUUUCCUAGCAUACCUACUCGAGUCAACGAUGUCUUCGACAUUACUUCCCAAAGAGGCCAAUCCGGCUGUGCCAAAUUUACCAUAUUACACUCCUCGACAUGUUGCUGACCCUGGCGCGCCCUUCCAACCUUCCUCCAGUACUCCGACACUCUUCACACCACUCAAGAUCCGCUCGAAAACCAUGCGGAACCGCAUCGUCGUCGCGCCGAUGUGUCAAUACUCCACGGCUGCCGAAGGCCCUGAUAUCGGAAAACUUACCGACUACCAUGUCGCCACACUUGGACAUUAUGCACUCAAAGGCGCCGCACUGGUGUUCAUCGAAGCGACCGGCGUCCAACCCAACGGCCGCAUCACUCCCCACUGCCCUGGAAUCUGGAGCGACGCUCAGACCGAGAGCUUCAAGCGCGUGUCGGACUUCAUCAAGGCGCAGGGGGCCUUGUCUGGCGUUCAACUCGCACAUGCCGGUCGCAAGUCGAGCACCGUCCCGCCGUGGAUUGCAGCGUCCCUGAAAAAGCCCUCUCUUCGUGCAUCGAAAGAGGCUGGUGGAUGGCCCGAAGACGUCGUCGGACCAAUGGGUGGGGACGAAAACUCCUGGGAUGGCAAAGGCCUAGCUGAAGAUGGCGGGUUCUACCCUCCAAGGCAGUUGACCAUUUCCGACAUCCAAGAGACUGUCAUGGCAUUUGCCCAAAGCGCCAGACGCGCGGUCGAGGCGGGCAUUGAUGUCAUUGAAAUUCACGCUGCCCAUGGGUAUCUGAUUCAUCAAUUCCUAAGCCCCAUCACCAACCGACGUACGGAUCAAUAUGGCGGUAGUUUUGAAAACCGGACCCGCUUGCUGGUCGAAGUCGUCGAAGCUGUGCGUGCCCAGAUCCCGACAGAUAUGCCGUUGUUCCUCCGUGUCAGCUCGACGGAAUGGAUGGAGGAGUCUGAGCUUGGUAAGAAAUAUGGUAGCUGGGACGUCGAGAGUACCAUGAGGUUGGCUCGUCUCCUGCCGGCUCUGGGGGUUGAUCUGCUCGAUGUCAGCAGUGGCGGCAACCAUCCACUACAACGGAUCAAUAUGUUUUCGUCCAAGGACUACCAAACCAAGAUUGCCAACCAGAUCCGGCAAAUGGCCAAGACGAACAACCUCAAACUUCUCAUCGGUGCCGUGGGCCUGAUCACAGAAGCCGAGCAGGCGCGAGACAUCGUUGAAGAAGGGCCUGACAGGAGCAUAGGGGAAGAAGCCAAUGCUGCCAAAGAAAUGACCGACGCAAAGGGCGGCAAAGAGCCAAUGGCCGACGUGAUCCUCGUUGCGAGGCAAUUCAUGAGAGAACCUGAAUGGGUAUUGAAGGUGGCCUGGAAGCUAAACGUCGAUGUCGCGUGGCCUAGUCAAUUCUUGAGAGUGAGGUUUCCCAAGUUGUGAAGGCCGUCUCGCAGUCUGUGAUAUAGUGAUAAACGAGGCGGCCACUCAAGAGGGAGUCCUGCUUCCCUUCUGCCGCACUGCACGAAAGUCGACCGCAGAAUCACCCACAAAAAAGUACAGAAUCCAUUAUAUCAAAGAAGCAAAAAGUCAACGGGCGUCUCGCGGACCAGUCUGCUAGCAUACCUGCUACUCUACCCCAGGAUUCCCAAUCUCUGUCAGUAGGAGACGAGGCCCCACCCGCCAACCCAAAUCGGCCUACCUUCGAGGGGGAAUCCCAGACACAUACCGCUAGACCACCUGGGUGAGUCUAAGCGGAGUGUGACAGAGGCCUCUACCAUCGGUCCAAUUUAGAGGAAGAUUCGGGGACUUUAAAUGAUGAAUUACUGAGGGUCAGGUGUGGCAGAAAGAUCGAAUUCGACUGGUGAUGGUGAUGACUGCCUGACUUCACUGGCAAAGCGGUAUUGCGAUCAAAUCUGGUAGCGAAAGGCUGGCGGCGGAGUUACGAUUCAAAGCACACCUCCUCAAGACUUUAUAGCUAUGAGGUCACUCAGAUCAAACGGACAGUUGGUAGGUGAGAUAUCGCAACAAUCCACGGACCCGAAAGGGCUAUCUUCUAUCUUUCUUGGUUUACACAGCCCUUCCAUCCCUUCAUUCAUGUCCGCGGGAUCAGCAGAUGUCCUCUCAGAAGUCCUCGAACCGUUGAUGACCCGGACAAACUCAUCCGGCGCAAAGCCCGACUGCAUUUGCACAAAGCAUUACAAAUAGGCGAGUGAGAUGAGGCUCAUCCGCCUUCGUCUGGCACCUUGCAUAUGCUAGGUCCAGUCGGAAGCUGCCUUCAUUGGUCUGCUGGAAAGUGAGUAAGCGAACUCGGCGAGUUGAUUUGACACCAACCAAAAGCCGAAUCCUUCGCACAGCCUCGCGGCCCCGAUUUGUUGUAUCGAAAGGAUUACCCUGAUCCGAUGCAGACAACGGUACCCCCCAGUUAUGUUCCGAGGUCGUACAAAGAUGCUCGUCAAAUCUGCCAACGGGUCUCCAGCGGGUACGGACCUCCGCAAGAUGAUGGGACGGCCCACCCUCGUCAGCCUUGUAUGUACGCCUUAAAAGUGACAUGCCCAUCACGUCCAAAAAUACAACCCCGUGUCUCAUCCGGUGUGUACUACCACCACACUGGUUGUCUCUCUAAAAGCGAGCUUGCAAGCGUACCUGUGCCUGUGCAUGGCUCGGAGACAAAUACCUAGCGAACACGGCUCGGGAUCUCGCAUUUGUGGAACUCAAUCACGACCGGGCUGUCACAGCCAGAGCAACUUGAAAUAUGGCUGAGCACCCAUCC